AUGGGGAGAAGACCUUGCUGUUCUAAGGAGGGAGUGAACAAGGGACCCUGGACAGCUGAAGAAGACAAGAUGCUUGCGGAUCAUAUCAAAGCUCAUGGCGAUCAAAACUGGAGUAGCAUUCCUAAACAAACAGGGCUUAGGAGAUGUGGGAAGAGUUGCAGGCUCCGGUGGUUGAAUUAUCUGAGACCGAAUAUAAAACGAGGCAACAUUACACAAGAAGAAGAGGACCUAAUCAUUAGGCUCCAUAAACUCUUAGGAAACAGAUGGUCUCUUAUAGCAGGAAGAAUCCCAGGGCGAACAGACAAUGAAAUCAAGAACUACUGGAACAGCCACUUGUGUAAGAAGUCAGUAGAGCCGGAAAUGUCUGAGGCUGCGGCAAAGAAUAUGAGACUCUCCGUCGACGAGGCGAAGGUUGAAGAUCAUUAUCAUAGUCUUGACUCCAAAAUGGUACCAGAAUCCAGUGAAGGGUCAUUACUGUCUCAUUCGUCUACUACGUCAACUACAACUGAGGAAAGUUCGUCGGAUAUUUUGAUGGAUUUUUACACCAGGGAGAUAAGCCUUUCGGAGUUUCUAGAUACCGACUUUACAAAGUUCAGCAGCAUGAUCAGUAGUGGUAAGGUAACAAUGUUCCAUGGAGAAGGGGCGGAACAGAUUCAGAAACAGCUGCCUUAUAAUAGUUCCAGUCAAGCUGAAGCUAAUGAGGAAGCACCUAUGAAUGUGGUAAUAUCGCGGGAAGUGGUGGACAACUUGAUGAGCUGGGAAGAUCAAAGUGAUUCAGAUUUCGGAUAUCAACUGUCUGCAGCUUUCACGGACUUUGUUGCAGUCGAAGAAGAAUAUUGGAUUUUAUGA